CUUUUUGGACAAAGAUUUCAUGUAUGUGCUCAGUUGAAUUCAACCCAUCGGCUUGUUUGGGCGCUAAUAUUCCAAUACUUCACAAACUUUGUUUCAUCCUAGUAAUUUCAAAUAAAACAUUAAAAUCUGCCUUCAAAAUAAUUAUUGGAAUAUAUUGUGCAAAAAUUGUCAAAGAAAUGUUUAGCAAUUGUGCGAAUGAUAAUGACGGCGGAGGAGAUUUGCCGAAGCACGAAUCUAUUGAAUUAAGCAAAGACUUAAGUCAAGCAGCAAUUUCCCAAAAGCUUCCAUUCAAUAAUACUGGCACGUGUAAUCAGCAGCAACUUAUUAAACUUCAGCCCCUUCCUGAACGUGGAUCAUGGUCUUCAAAGCUUGAUUUUAUCCUCUCAGUAGUGGGAUUGGCAAUCGGCUUAGGGAAUGUUUGGAGAUUCCCCUACUUGUGCUAUAAAAAUGGAGGAGGCGCUUUUUUAUUACCAUAUAUGUUGACGUUAUUUUUGGCUGGCAUACCAAUGUUUUUUAUGGAGCUAGCUUUGGGUCAGAUGUUAACUAUUGGGGGACUUGGCGUUUUUAAAAUAGCUCCCAUUUUUAAAGGAAUUGGCUAUGCAGCAGCUGUUAUGUCCUGUUGGAUGAAUGUUUAUUAUAUUGUCAUUCUGGCUUGGGCGGUAUUUUAUUUCUUUAUGUCAAUGAGAGCUGAUGUUCCUUGGAGGACAUGUAAUAAUUGGUGGAACACAGUAAAAUGUGUAAGUCAAUACGAAAGACAAAACUUACCAUGCUGGAACAAAAUUAUUAAUGGAACUUCCACAAAAAUGUGCUCUGUGGCUUCAGCAAAUCUGACAUCAUCAGAGCUUACCGAUCCUGUUAAAGAAUUUUGGGAGCGUCGGGCACUUCAAAUAUCUCAAGGAAUUGAUGAGAUCGGAAAUAUUCGUUGGGAACUGGCUGGAACUUUAUUGCUCGUGUGGAUUCUUUGCUACUUUUGUAUUUGGAAAGGAGUCAAAUGGACGGGAAAAGUGGUUUACUUUACGGCUCUUUUUCCAUAUGUGCUACUUACAGUUCUUUUAAUCCGUGGUAUCACAUUACCAGGUGCUUUAGAAGGUAUAAAAUUCUACAUAAUACCCAACUUUUCAAAACUGACUCAUUCCGAGGUUUGGAUUGAUGCCGUAACUCAGAUUUUUUUCUCAUAUGGACUAGGACUGGGAACUUUAGUAGCCUUGGGAAGUUAUAACAAAUUUACAAAUAAUGUUUACAAAGACGCACUAAUCGUUUGCACAGUCAACUCAAGUACCAGCAUGUUUGCAGGUUUCGUUAUAUUUUCUGUUAUUGGAUUUAUGGCACAUGAACAGCAGCGACCAGUGGCUGAGGUAGCUGCUUCAGGACCUGGACUAGCUUUCCUUGUUUAUCCUUCAGCAGUAUUGCAACUUCCAGGAUCUCCCAUGUGGUCAUGUCUAUUUUUUUUUAUGCUAUUACUUAUUGGUUUAGACUCACAGUUUUGCACGAUGGAAGGUUUCAUUACAGCAAUAAUUGAUGAGUGGCCCCAACUUUUACGGAAACGUAAAGAGGUUUUCAUUGCUAUUGUAUGCACCAUAAGUUAUUUAGUUGGGCUGACCUGUAUUACGCAAGGCGGAAUGUAUAUAUUUCAAAUAUUGGAUUCAUAUGCCGUAAGCGGAUUUUGCUUGCUGUGGCUUAUAUUUUUUGAGUGUGUUUCAAUAUCUUGGUGCUAUGGAGUUGAUCGCUUUUACGAUGGAAUAAAGGAUAUGAUUGGAUAUUAUCCUACAGUCUGGUGGAAAUUUUGUUGGUGCGUUACUACCCCAGCAAUAUGUAUGGGUGUAUUCUUCUUUAACAUAGUUCAAUGGACUUCUAUUAAAUAUCUGGACUACAGCUAUCCCUGGUGGGCACACGCUUUUGGUUGGUUUACAGCGUUGUCUUCUAUGCUUUAUAUACCAGCUUAUAUGUUCUGGUUAUGGAAAAGAACUCCGGGAGACUUAAGUCACAAAAUCCGAACUAUAGUUCGGAUAGAUGAGGAUGUUGCGCUGUUACGUCAGAAAAUGCAAAGGGAGGCUUAUGCAACUGAGUUAGAAUUUAGUUCUUUAUAGGCGUGUGUUAUAAACUAUUAAGGCGUAAUUUAUGGUGUAUUUAUACAACAAAUUUUAAUCAUACUUCCAAAAUUUUGGAGUUUAAGAAAGAGUAACACUUUAAAAUUGUCAAUCAAGCACUUCUUUAUUAAUGCAAUACAUAUUUUACUGGAUUACGAUCCAUUACCAAUUUCUUUUAACGUGGCUAUAAGCAAAACCAAGAAGCUUUACAAGACUCCUUGUGUGGGUGUAUUUUGUGAGGUACUUACUCAAAAUUAAAAAGCUGAAACUGAAACUAUUUUUUAAAUACUGACUUAUAUAGAGAAAUUAUAUCUACAUUAUGCACUAAUUUUAUAUCUAUAUCUAUAUCUAUAUCUAUAUCUAUAUCUAUAUCUAUAUCUAUAUCUAUAUCUAUAUCUAUAUCUAUAUCUAUAUCUAUAUCUAUAUCUAUAUCUAUAUCUAUAUCUAUAUCUAUAUCUAUAUCUAUAUCUAUAUCUAUAUCUAUAUCUAUAUCUAUAUCUAUAUCUAUAUCUAUAUCUAUAUCUAUAUCUAUAUCUAUAUCAGUGCAUGGUGUGUAAGAAUCAUUUUAGACCUCAUCAAUAUAAUUUAUUUUUAAUAACACUAAUAAAAAUAUAGUCAGUGUUUAAGAUCGAAUAAUCAAUUAGUAUAAGAAAAAACAUAAAAUAAGUUUAAUAGUAAUUUAUUUUUAUACUGAUCUGUUCCUAAUGCAUUGCGAUUAAAAUGCAUUAAUAUGCAUUUAAUUUACCCUAAAAUUUCUUUAUGUUGCCCGUUAUGUCAAAUAAAGUCAAUAAAUAAAGUCAUAAAAACAUAAGUAAUUAUAUUUAUGUAGCGUAUACAUGUGUUGUGUAUGGUAAAACAAUACUAUAAAUAAUAAUUUAAAAAAUUUUUUCUACAGAAGUAGAAAUGACACUUGGAACAUUUGGACCGUUUUAGAUAGUUUGCAGCUGCCUUUUAAGUCCGACUGGAUCUCAUGUUUGGUUGAUUUAGAGGGUUUCUGAUCAAACGUUCUAUAAAAAUUGCCAACAUUCAGAGGCGGCUAUGCUGUGUGGCCGGAUAUCUACGCCCUGCUCAAAACUACCAUUCACAGCCAUUCCCACAUAACCAAAAUGAAGAAGCUCAGGUAAAUAAUUUCUUAUCUACGAAAAUUAGCUUUGGAGACCGUAGCGCUGGAGAUUAUGAUGCUAAUUAUGAUGUGGCCCGUGAUCAUUUACGUAAUCGUUUUAGUAAUCGACGCUAAAUCUUCCAUCAAUGAGAUCCUCCAGCUACAGGUGGUCGAAGCAGGAUCUAUUUCUAUUCGGUCCCUCAUGAGUUCCUGAUCAUCUGCCGAGAUCCAAGAAAACCUGCAUAUCCAGUUAAUACUCCAGAAGCUGGAUUCCGUCAGGAAAGCUUUUCAUAAACAAUCGGAGUUUAUUCCUUUACACAAAUAAAAUAAAAUAAAAUAAAUAAAAAAA